GUCGUGUGUUUAUCGCGCUGCAUUAUGGUUCUUAGAGUCCGUUUCUGAUCUUCCUCGAUUGUACUCGAGCUGUGUCUGUGCUGCACAAUGAUGAUGUCUUCGGGCAGCACAGCGUUGCAGACACCUGAUUCUGGGAGCGGAGGAAACAAGAGGACACCGUGUUCGUUUUACGGCUGUAAGCGGGUGUACUCCGACAUGACAGCUCUGGAAAGCCACAUAAAGGACCACGACAUCCCAGCGCAGUCUCUUCCAGGAAAGGUCUUGCUGUGCUCCACUGUCGGAUGCAGUGGUUCCUUCCCCAACAUGCAGAAACUGAUGGAACAUAUGAGGCAUCAUCACAAACCCAACAUAUUCUUCCUGUGUGAGAGCUGUCGCACAAAGUUGCGAUCCUACCGAGGCCUCCUGACUCACCUGCACACCUGUUCCAAAGUGCCGCGGGGCAAAACGAAGACGCCCCCCCUGCCCGCUGCGACCAACCCUAACGCGUCCUUCGCCGCUGCGGACCAGAAGCCCCCGCUGCUGGACUCGGUGUCCUCACCCCAGCAACUAACCUAUCAAACCCCAAACCCAGAGGAUUCCUUCCCUGCUGCUGAUGAGAAGCCAGACCCUGCUGCCCACCUUCUCCUCAGCCCCCCCUUCCUAUCCAACCUGGAGACCUCCCCUCCCCCGCAACUCACAGAGGCUGAUCUCCGGCCUCAAAUCAAGGUCGAAGCCUCUGAUGUGCCUAUAUUGUCCGGCUCAGCAGCAGCUCCCGACUCACCUGAUGCCCAGAGCCAGCAUCUGAUACAGACCAGGUCCCUGGAGCCCGUCCAUCCUGGUCCAGAAUCAGCUCCUCGCUCUCCCCCUGGGGCUACCAUUGUCUGGAAGAAGGGUCAAGGUCAGGUCUACAGCAGACGCAUCCUCUGGGAGCACACUAGAGGGCGCUACACGUGUGUGCAGUGUGGCCACACGGUGACCAACCGCAAGGAAAUGACUCAGCACAUCAGCACCAAACACAGCGGCAACAAGCCUGCAGAAGACACGGGGAGCUCUGCCUACAACACAUAGGGUGGAGCAGGAGGACACAUCACUGAGUGAUGCUUUGUGGAUGCACAUGUUGUCUUUACGUUGUCCUCGAGGACUGAUGGGUUCCAUUUACCUCGGGAGCCAGAGCCGGGAAUGACAUCACAGCCGAGGGGAAGGGGUUCCAUUUAACGAGUCUGACUUCACUGUGGGGUUAGCCAUUGUUAGCAACACUAGCAGCUAACAAGGCACCAGGCAGUUUUUUGUGCAUACAAACAGCGUAGCAACAGACCAAAGUUGGAAAGGAGUGUGUGUGAGACUGGUUUAAUGAGACACAAAAAAGACGGAUGUGCUAAUAAACUAUAUGUUACGACAGCUGUCACUUACUGUAAGGUUUCCUGUCUUUCCAACUCUGAGAUCUUUCAGACUGCUGGGUCAUUAUCUGUAACAUAUCCUCUACGCAUUUGAAGACGUCGUACCUUGAUUUUGUACAUACGACUAUUCUUUUAAUGCCAUGUUGUGGACAUUUAUUCUAGUUUUUUAGGCUACUUUACGGCAAAUGACGAGCUGUUGGAGGUUGUUGUCAUAUAUUUGAACUGUAGAAUUAAUAUAGGGAAACCAUUGAGUCUGAUGCAGACACUAGAUGAAGACAUUAGUUGAAUAGUACACAAAUCACUUAAUUCAGCACUCUUAGUUGACUGUAUUACAGAGGUCUUCAUUAUGGUGUAUGAAUGUUUUAGCCUGAAACGGAAAAUAAAUCUUAAAUAGUGGAGGCUCCAGUCUGUAAUGUUUUCUUUGCAUAAAAAGAACAUCUUUAAAAACAGCUCACAAAUAUAGUUUCACUUUUCUGAAAAGGUUAUUUCCUAAAGCAGAUGGUUGUUUUUAGUCAGACAAGGGGAAAUACUUAAUUUGAUUAGUCCACAUUUGGUGUUCUAGUGAAUACUGGGGGCGGCAGAUGUGACGAGAUGGAUUUUAUGUAUGUGAAAUUGCGAGGACCCAGCUGCUGAGGAAGACGAUAUAUCAGGCUUUGGAUACAAAGUACUGGUUGGUAGAUACAUUCACUGUUCAUUUGGUCUAUUGAUGGGCUUCACUGGCACUAUGAAACAUUGUCCUAUACCUUAACUCAAACUUUCAGAGGCUUAUUGAUGCCACACUUUGUUCUUGUGCUGGAUCCUUUCCUUUUGAUGGCGUUUCUUAGUGCAUGUUCCAUUUCACAUGUACUUCUUAAAUUCUACAUCAAACACAUUUACAAGAAAGAAAGGUCAAAAAAUGCUGUUUUUAUUCGGGUCAGAAUGAGCUGAUACAAUUGCUCAGAGUGCCAAGACAUAUUGGUCAGCUCUGGUUAGCCUGCAUUCAUCCAGACAUGCUCCUCAACAUCCUCCGGGUCCUUGACCUCCUUUCCACUAGCAUUACUGCCAAGCAGCGAGCAUCAUGUUAAUGAACAGACAAUACUACAUGACAAGAGGUCCCACUUGAAUUAUUAGACAUAACCACAUGCAGACUGAAGUGCUUUUUUUUUUUUCUUUCAACAAACAAAUCCCAUCACAUGGAUCAAGGAGUCAUUCUCGAUAUUCUAUAUU